CUCUUGUUAGCCUAAGGUAAUUGUCAUCUCUACUGUUUCUCCUUAAGCUCAUGUUUUCUCACAUCACACAAAACAAGGGGAAUUGAAACCCCCUCACCAGACCCUUCUUCUCUGAUGGCCAUACAGGUUGGCUCUCAGCCUGUGAUUGUGACGACCCAGCCGCAGGUUGUGGUUGUCCAGCCUCAGAAUAACCACUGGCAGACCGGUUUAUGCGACUGCUGCGCUGACUGCGGAGUGUGUCUCUGUGGAAUGUUUUGCUAUGAAUGUUUGGGGUGUGAAGUUGCAGGGAACAUGGGUGAAUGUUGCCUCUGUGGCACAGGCAUGGCGAUGAGGGCCGUCUACCGGACAAAAUACGGGAUCCCGGGAUCCCUCUUUGAUGACUUCUGGACUGUCCUGUGUUGCCCUAAUUGUUCUCUUUGCCAGCUCAAGAGAGACAUCAAGAGGAGGCGAGAAAUGGGAAUCUUCUAGGAAGCGAUUAUCCUUUUGUCUAGAAUGGUGGCCUUCAACUUCUCAUCAGCUGGGACUGCUUGGACUUGUGGGCUCCAUGCACCCUUGGCCAAAGGCUAGCAGUAAAGAAUAAACUCGUGCACCUAGCAAGAGAGCCUGCAGAAAAAGCUAGUUUUUAAAAUGUACAGCUAUCUCAUGUGCUUGCAAGCCUCCUGCUCUCAGGCAAUUCAUCCAUACACGAUACCAGGUAGCAGAGAUCCUCCUUACAUCGGCCAGGCUCAAAUUGGAUUAGAAGCCCAAAGGAAGAACUAAAAGUGCCUAACUCAACUAGCUGAACAUAGCAGCAGUUUCCCUGUUAAGGCACACAGACAGCUAAUUAAGAAAUUAAGCAUGAAGACUUUUGGGAAAACAAAUGUACCUAUUUUACAGACGGGAAAUACAGAAGCCAAAAGUUUUAGUCCAAAGGACAAUUGGAGAAUGUAGGGCAAAUAACUCAAAAUUCAUGCAAGACACAAGGAUCACUACGGUUUAUCACAUCCCAGCUUGGGACAAUGAAGGAUUGUAGUUUCACUUUUUUCUAACAAUCCACGAAAUGACCGCAGUGUAUAAACUUAUCCUCAGUGAUACAGCUCAGUCACAAUUAUCCAUGUCUUUUCUAUAUGUGGACAAACUCCUGGUUUGGUUUUUCUGCAUGGCGUUUGACUUCACAUGCUUGCUCAUCAUCCUCAUCAUCAACGGAGAAGACACACAUAUUUAAGUUUUAUCUCUUUCCUCCCAUGUGCUGUUUGCACAUGUUCAGCACACCAUCUUGGCAGUGGCGGGCAGCCGAGUCGAAACAGCAAUACCACCAUAUAAGCCCCAGCAGUGCGUACUGGAAUGGCAUGCAAAGACCCCUCCAUCUGCACUUCCCAUCUCUAGCCAAAUCCAUCAUGAAAUGUAAAACCCAACAUAAUAAAACUGGGAAUGAGGGGAAGAGAGCGGCGGGAAUAUGAGUGAGCCAACUUCCCCCUUUUAUUUGUAGAUACCAUCCACACAGAAUGCCAGAGCAUUAUAGGAUAUCGCUGCCUAUGGAAUUUCCUGUCGUUGGAUGUGGUGAUGGCCACCAAUCUAGGAGGCUUUAAAAGGAAGAUAUUUAAAUGUCCUAUAAAAGGAUAUUCAUGGAGGAUAGGGCUGUGGUGAUUGGCUAGUAAGCACUGUCAGUCAAGAGGAACUUAAACAGGAAUCUCCUCUGGGAAGAAUCCUUACAGGAGGUACUUUGGAACGGAGUAACAGGUGUCUAUAAAAUUCAGUUGGUGUUAACUGGCAGUUCAGAUGGGGCUUGGAUGAGCUGGAGAUAGAAUCACUGGUUAGGGUUCUUUAGGGCAGGACUGAGGGUGGAAUUGGGAGGUUGGUGGGCAUGAACUCCAGGCAUGAACUCUGUAGAGCAAGCUUGACUAUAAAACGUAAAUGCUGCAUGUAUGGUUGAUUACACAGGAUAUAUAGCUAGAAGGGUUCUAGCCCGGUAAAGGUGUAUGACCUCAGUAACUCAAAAGUAAAGGCUUUGUUGAUGUACUGACAAUCUUAUAUUAGUACCUGAGUUAUAAAAUAUAAAUAUAUGGGACAAUAUAAAAGGUGGUCUACAGGCUUGCCAGUUUUAUAAAGAAUAGUUAUUUUCUUUGGUUCAGAACUUCAAAACUGUUUCAGCUGUGUCUAUUUACUCCCCCACCCAUGUGACCACUCGGGCACAAUACCAAAGUUAGUGUUAGAAAACCAAAUUAGGAUUGAAUUUGAUGGUAGCAGCAUAAUAAAUAAGUUUAAAACAAAUCAAAAGGGUGAUACAUAUUAUUUAAUGUCUAUAUAUCUUAAUCACUCAUCUCCCAGUCCCGACAAGGGCUAUCAAUGGCUCUUAGCCUUAGUAGCAAUAUACUUCCAACAGGAUUGGGGUGUGUGUGUGUGUCAUGAACACCAGGUGCUAAGGAACAGCAAGGGAGGGGGCAAUUGCCAUCUUUCCCCCGUUUCCAGGCUCCCCAGAUAAAGCUAGUUGGCCACUGUGAGAGGCAGGAUGCUGGACUCAAUGGGUCAUGGCCUGAUCCAGCAGGGCUUUUCUUAUGUUCUUACAACUUGGGGUUACUUUGAGGGCAGUGUUAAAACAGAGGCUCAACCUACUGAUAUAAUUGGGUCCAAACACAAACAUUGUAUUAAACAUCACCAUAAUACAUACAUUUUAUGAGCUGUUUGAAUCAAAGUAAGCAGGUUAACAUUGCAUCAUUUUGCUUCUUCAAGUUAUGGGGAGCAGCAAAGAGAUAUGCAGGGCAAUAAGCCCCCCCCCACCGGCCUGCCUCAUUCAGCGCUCUCAGGGGCUUCAUUAGGCAUUGCUCACAUAUGUUCAGGCAUAAAUUGGGCAGACAAGGGAUAGAAUAUAUAUUUUAAAUAAAAUGAAAGCAUAGUUUCUCUACCUUCCAAAUUCUGCACUCACUACCACUUGUUGCACUAUACUGUGUGUUUGUAAGAUAUUCCCCUUAGGGGAUGGGGCCACUCUGGGAAGAGCAUCUGCAUGCAGAAGGUUCCAAGUUCCCUCCCUGGCAGCAUCUCCAAGAUAGGGCUGAGAGAGACUCCUGCCUGCAACCUUGGAGAAGCUGCUGCCAGUCUGUGUAGACAAUACUGAGCUAGAUGGACCAGCUUCCUGUGUUCCCGAGUCCAUCUAGCCCUGGCUAAAAUGGUGAACAACUUCCUUUUCUGUCCUUUCUAGGGAGAGGACACAAACACAUGGUGUGUGUGUGAGUGUAUGUAUGUAUAUAAUAUAUUUCAAUCUACUUGUUUGUGUUUCUUAAAAUCAGCUUAAUAAAUAUUUCAAAGGACUGUAAAUUCAAGAUGUGAAGCUUAUUUACCUCUUGAAAUUAAUGGAAAAGAUGGUAUGGAAGACAAAAUGUGGCAAAUGGGAAUUUCAGAAUUCAGAUAUCAUGUAUUUGAUUAAUUCCCAUUCUGUCUUUAUUAGAAUAACGACAGCUAAACAGAAUAUGGCACUUCAGUUUUCACAACAAAAAUAUUCACAAGGUCACUAAGGAAGUGGAAUUUUGAUACAAAACAAACUUUUUACUCCAUUCAGUUUCACUCCAUUUUUAAACUAUAGCAUUAAAAAAACUGUUAUGCUGUUCUACAGUGCCUUUAAGAGAAAUCUUUAGAAGUUUUAACACAAUAUACACCUGUUUAAUCAGAAGUUGUCGAAGUGUUAAGUUCAGCUGCUUAAGCUUGUUUCACAUUUUUACAUUUUCUACAGAAGUGAAAGUCUACUGAGCCAUCUGUGCUUCCAUCGCCUGCGCUGUCCAUUCUGGGGCAGUCUGACUAAUCUUCUCCAAAAGAUUGUUGACUUGGAAGCAAAGUGAUUGAAUCUGUUUGUCCCACGUUGGCAAGGCUUCACGAGCUAAAAGACAAAAUUAAAAAUAGAAAAUAGCAGAA